UGUUCUUCCCUUCUUCGCUUUUGCGCCGCCUUCCUUUCCCUAGCAGUUCUCUCUAAUCCAAAUUCGCUUGAAUUUCUAAGAAUUAGUAUUGUUUUUCUCCUGUUAUACUUCUUGGAUUUGAUCCUUCGGCUGCGGCGAUUAGGAAAGGGAAUAACUUUGAACAUUGUUUUUUCCCCUUGAUUGUGUUCGGAAUCAGCUCUCCGGUUUUAUUUUACGAUUCAAUAUGGAAUAAUUGUUUUCAUCAAUUUCGUGUUUUGGUAAGAAAAAAUUGCGUUCGACUCUGCUUAAGAUCGAUCCAAUGAGGUGAAUCUCAUAAAGCACUUUCUGUGGAAUUCUUGGAGCUGGGUUUUUGGAGAUGGCAACUUGGAGCCCUGUGAAGAUGGCGCCUGUAGCUCCUUCGAGUGGGAGCUUGGACGACGAUUACGAGAGGGACAUCGAGGCUUUGCGUUGGGAACAGCAACAGAGUAGAAACUUGUUUGAUCUCGAUCCGGAUGAGCUCAAUAUUUGCCGGAGCGGUAGUGCGCCGCCCACCAUCAAUGAAUCAGUAAACGCCCUCAGGAGCCUUUACGGGCCUUCUGGCCUUACCGAGCCUCCUGGUUUCCAUCGUCGGGACACUGCGACUACGCCCUCGGAAGAGGAGAUGAGGUCACACCCUGCCUACUUGGCUUACUACUAUUCCUAUGCGAAAUCAAAUCCGAGAUUGCCUCCCCCAGCGAUCUCAAAGGAGGAUUGGCGUGCAAGACAGAGGCUUCAUUCAAGGGCAUCCUUGUUUGGAGGAAUUGGUGAUCAUCGUGGUAGAAAAGAAUUUGCAGAGACUGAAAUUGGCAGUAACUCCCCCUUUUCACCACAGCCAGGCUUUCCAAAGCACGAUGGACAAGUGGAGAUGCCGAGGCCCAAUGGAUUCUUGCAGCCAAAGAAUCACUACAAUAGGGAGUCGGGAGAGUGGCUCGAUCUGAAUACUGAUGGUCUUAUAGGUUUGCAGGAUGUUGGACUUGGUGCAAGAAAGAAAAGUUUUGCAGGUGUGAUACAGGAAGAACUCAUUCAUCCAACUCCUGUUGCUGGACAUAUUUCACACCCAGUCAGUUGCAAUGCAUAUGAAAAUGCUGAUUCUGGAAGACUCUUUGAUGCCAUGCUGGCAAAUCUUGAUGAAUCAGAAGCUUUAAAUGGUCUGCAAUUCAGGGCAUCUUCACCCAGCCUUGUUAGGGUGAGAAGUGUUGGUUCCUCUGGUGAAGCAGCAGAGGAACCUCCUCUUAGUAGAAAUACAAAUACUAAUCCUUUAUUGAUUCAAAGGUUGCCAAGCCCCUCCCUCCCACCUGUCGGAGUGAGAAAUGAGGACGGUGAUAUACACAAUGGCAUUAGAUCAAGUCACAUACGUGGCUUUUCAUCUACAAUUGGCAAUUCCGAUGAUAUUGCUGCAGCUAUUUUGAAUUUGAACCUGUCUACGGACAACCAAGCAGUUUCUGGUCACCGGCUAUACAAAUCAGAUUCCACCACAUCAAUAAAUCCACUAGAUCGACUUAUUGGACAAAAUGAAGGGCAACCUACUACAAUCCAUAACCAGUUGAAAUCUGGUUAUCAUCAACAAUCCAUGGAGUCAGUGGGAGGGCACUAUACAUUGGACAAUGCAGAUCCAGUACAUGCUGCUGGCUACUUGAGCCCUUCUUUGGGAGGAAAUUUUCUUGGUCUAUCACACGUGGAUUUGCCUGAGUAUCAGAAUGCAUAUCUGGGAAGUGUGCUUAUGAAUCAGAACGGCAGAUAUGGUGUACCUCACCUCGGCAAGUUUAAUGGUUUAGAUAAUGGUUUAUAUGGAAAUCAUGGUUUUGGUAUGGACAUGUCAUAUCCAGCAAAUAAAAUAUCAUCUGCCACCCACACUCUCUUGAACUCUGCAAGUCCAAUUAGACAAAAUGGCCGCUUAUGCCAAAUGCUGUCCACAGCUCGAAGUCAAACAGGAGCAUCCCACGUUUCAUGGUUCCCAGAGAACAGUGCAGUUGGAGAAGGUUAUUCUUCGUCUUCGUUACUAGAAUUCAAGAGCAACAAAACCAGAUUAUUUGAACUUUCAGAUAUAGCUGGUCAUGCUGUGGAGUUCAGUAAGGAUCACCUUGGAAGUCGUUUCAUUCAGCAGAAACUUGAAACUGCCUCAAUUGAAGACAAGAACUUGAUCUUUCCUGAAAUAAUCUCUAGCGCGCAUACUUUGAUGACUGAUGUUUUUGGCAAUUAUGUCAUUCAAAAAUUCUUUGAGCAUGGUACCGAAAUUCAGAGAAAGCAACUUGCAAUUCAACUGAUCGGUUAUGUUUUGCGUCUCAGUCUUCAAAUGUAUGGUUGUAGAGUAAUUCAAAAGGCUCUGGAAGUAGUUGAUAUAGAGCAGAAGGUUCAAAUGGUGCUAGAGCUUAAUGGACAUGUUAUGAAAUGUGUUCGUGAUCAGAAUGGAAACCAUGUAAUCCAGAAAUGCAUCGAAUGUAUUCCUCAAGAAAAUAUUCAAUUUAUCAUAGAAGCCUUCUUUGGUCAUGUUGUGGCCCUUUCCACUCACCCAUAUGGUUGUCGGGUAAUUCAGAGGGUAUUAGAACACUGCAAUGAUCAAGAAGUUCAGAGUAUUAUGAUGGAGGAGAUCAUGGAAUCUGUCUGUAAUUUGGCACAAGACCAGUAUGGCAAUUAUGUUAUUCAACAUGUUCUGCAAUAUGGUAAACCAGAAGAGCGAACGGAUAUAAUCAGCAAGCUUGCUGGACAGAUAGUUAAGAUGAGCCAGCAAAAAUACGCUUCCAAUGUUGUGGAAAAGUGUCUUACAUUUGGCACCCCCAAGGAACGUCAAAUCUUAAUAAAUGAGAUUCUUGGUUCCACCGACGAAAAUGAACCUCUGCAGGCUAUGAUGAAGGAUCAAUUUGGUAACUAUGUCGUACAAAAGGUUCUUGAGACAUGCGAUGAUAAAAAUCGCGAACUUAUACUCCAACGCAUCAAAGUUCACCAGAAUGGUUUGAAGAGGUAUACAUACGGCAAGCACAUCGUUGCACGGGUCGAGAAGCUAGUGGCAACAGGAGAAAAGCACAUUGGAGCACUGUCUUCGUCGUCCUAUGCUGCUUAGGAGAGAUUUCAGUCGAAUGGAAUCGAUGAAAUUCUGUACAGUUAACGAGAGUAGUUUCACCAGCUUUCUAAUUUUUCUUUUUUCACUCCAAAUAAAAAAAAAACAAGUUGAGCUUGAGGCUUUGUUUGAAUGCCAAAUUUUCCAUACUUAAAAACGUGUAUAUUUGGUACUGUAGGAGUUCAAAACAUGGUGACAGGCUCUGUCUACUAGGAUUUAGAUGAUGAGGCCAUCAAAUGUAAAAAAAGAAAAAAAAGGGCUUUAGAACUCUUGUAAUUUUAAUUCAGCUAUAGCUGUUGAAGCAUUGUCAAGUUUAUUCUUCCUUGUCAAGUUUAAUUCA